UAUAAAGAACUUCUAAAACUCAACACCCGAAAACCAAACAAUCCAGUUAAAAAAUGGCCAGAAGACAUGAAUAGACAUUUUCCCAAAGAAGACAUUUAGAUGGCCAACAAACACAUAAAAGAUCCUCAACAUUACUCACCAUCAGGGGAAUACAAAUCAAAAUUACAAUGAUACCUCACACCUGUCAGAAUGGCUAAAAUUAACACAGGAAACAACAGGUGUUGGCGAGGAUGCAGAGAAAGGGGAACCCUCUUAGACUGUUGGUAGGAAUGCAAACUGGUGCAGCCACUCUGGAAGACAGUAUGGAGAUUUCUUAAAAAGUUACAGAUAGAACUACCCUAAGAUCCAGCAAUUGCGCAACUUGGCAUUUACCCAAAGGAUACAAAAACACUAAUUUGAAAGGAUGUGUGCAUACUGAUGUUUAUAGCAGUAUUAUCUAUAAUAGCCAAAUUAUGGAAAGAGCUGAAAUGUCCAUCGAUUGAUAAAUGGAUAAAGAAAUGAUGGUAUGUAUAUAUGUGUGUAUAUGUGUGUUUGUGUGUGAAUAUUACUCAGCCAUAUAAAAGAAUGAAAUCUUGCCAUUUGCAAAGAUAUGGAUGGAGCUAGAGAGUAUAAUGCUAAGCAAAAUAAGUCAGAGAAAGACAAAUACCAUAUGAUUUCACUCAUAUGUGGAAUUUAAGAAUCAAAACAAAUGAACAUGGGAGAAAAAAAAGAAAACCAAGAAACUGACUCUUAACUAUAGAGAAAAACUUAUGGUUACCAUAGGGGAGGUGAGUGGGAGGAUGGCUGAAAUAAGUGAUGGGGAUUAAGGAAGGGGUGCACUUGUGAUGAGCACUGGGUGUUGUAUGUAAGUCUUGAGUCAUCAUAUUGUACACCUGAAACUAAUAUUACACUGUAUGAUAACUAACUGGAAUUUAAAUAAAAAUUUGGAAAAAAAGAGUAUUUACAUUUUCUGAGGAGGCCAGAGUAAGAAGGCAAAGGAAUGCAUCUUUGAUUAUGGAAUUUCUGGCCCCUAUGAUAGAUUGAGGGGAGAGUUUUUUCAGGUCCUAACCCACCUCACUUGCACAGCCCAAUGGUUUUCCCAACCAGGCCUUCCAAUUAGGAAGUGAUGAUAAGAUCUCUGAAUGAGAAAGGGAUGGUUAUUCAGUAAGGGGUUGUAGCAGACAGAAUUGUUUGUUGACUCAAUAGCCACCUCCCCCUUCUUUCUUGUGGCCAGAAUCUCCAUUUUCUAUGCCAAUCAUGGUCAUUUCAUCCCCCCUGCUAGUGACUGGUUUAGUUAUAGGCAUGAUGUAAUUCAGGCCACUGAGAUGUGAAAGGAAGUGUGCUAGGGAAGUUCUGAGAAAGGUUUCCUGAGUAAUAGCAGUAAACACACAGGAAGAGAGGCCUUCCUCUCCUACCAUUGAACAUUGCCAUGUUUGGAUACAAUGCCUGAAGUGUAACAGCCAUCUGGUGACCAUGAGAGUUGCUAAACAAACAUGCUGAGGGGUUGUAGAUCAGAAAGAUGGAAAGAAUCAGUAUUUUUUUUAAUGCUUAUUUAGUUUUUGAGAGAGAGAGAGAGAGAGACAGAACAUGAGGGGGGAGGGGCAGAGAGAGAGACACACACAGAAUCCGAAACAGGCUCCAGGUUCUGAGCUGUCAACACAGAGCCCAAUGCGGGGCUUGAACUCACAAACUGUGAGAUCAUGACCUGAGCUGAAGUCAGAUGCUUAAUCCACUGAGCCACCUAGUCGCCCCUAGAGUCAGGAUUUUUUUUAUGACAUUGUUGAGCUGUUGAAUUAGGCAACUCCAAAGCUGCCCACUCCUGGAUUUAGAUGCAAGAUAAUAAAUUUCCUCCUUUUAAAAUCAGCUGAGUUGGAAUUUUCUGUUCUUUCAAUUGAAAGUAUAUACCAGCAGACUUAAAUGGGAUCUGCACAAUGGCAGUGACAUUGGGAGAGGAUAGAAAGGAAACAGAUGAAUCAAAUGGUAGGAACAGAGACUUCCUGUGCUGUCUUAGGUGCUGGACACAGCGGUACUAGCCUCUACUCUAAAGAUUUGUUUAAAAAAAUGUUUAUUCGGGGUGCCUGGGUGGCUUAGUCGGUUAAGCGUCUGACUUCGGCUCAGGUCAUGAUGUCACGGCUCAUGAGUUCAAGCCCUGCAUUGGGCUCUGUGCCAACAGCUUAGAGCCUGGAGCCUGCUUUGGAUUCUGUGUCCCUCUCUCGCUCUGCCCCUCCCCUGCUCAUGCUCUGUCUGUCUCUCCCUUUCUCUCAAGAAUAGAUAAACAUUAAAAAUUUUUUUAAAAAGUUUAUUCAUUUAUUUUGGGAGAGAGAGCAUGCAAGCAGGAGAGAGGCAGAGAGAAAGGGAGAAAGAGAAUCCCAAGCAAGCUCUGUGAUGUCAGCACAGAGUCUGAUGUGGGGCUCAAUCUCACAAACCUGUGAGACCAUGACCUGAGCUAAAACCAAGAGUCUGACACUUAACCAACUGAACCACCCAGGCACCCCUCUUCUCUAAAGCUUUUAAUAGCCUUGCUGGAGGUAAAGAACAGACAUUUAGAAAGACUAAAAGGGCAUACUACAGAAAAGACACCUGGACAAGGCUAACUUGGGCACAAUUAUAUGGAGCCAGUCAUUUUCCCAUGAUUUUAUUAAUAACUUUGGAUUAUUCAGGGUUUCAGAUUACAGUUCCUUUCCAUCAAGGUUGAGUGACUGUCUUGUCCCACUCCACACUGCACCUUAUUCUCAUUAGGUGACCUCAUUAUUUCACUUCAUAAAGAAAACCCAGGCAACUGGGGUGAACUUUCCAAUCUCCCACACCCUCCAAAUUCACCUAUGUUUUAAUUCCUAAUGAUAAAGAGGAUGAUAAUUGCCAGACGCUGUCUCAUUUUCUUCACACAACCAGAUAGGUGCUCAUACCUUCAUUCUACAUAUGAGGAAAUGGAGGUUCAGGAAAACUUACCUACAGUCAUAUAGCUAGCGGGUGAUGGAGCCAGAGUUAAACUCUAGGUCUGACUCCAAAACCUGCAUUUUCUCCUGUAUUUCACUUACUUUUUCUCCUUCAUUUCUUUCCUUCUGUCCUUAUUUCCUUCCUCUGUUCCUUCUCCCUCCAUCUCCUUCCUUCUUCCUCCCCCACCCUACCCCUACUCAGAUGAAAAGAUUAGAAACUGUACUUUUCCCUCUUUAGGCCCUAAGGCAACAGGAAGCAUUGCAGAGAAACUGUCAUCAAGGCAUGAAUAUUAGAUGUGAGGGGCCAAGAGGAGGAGGACUGGAAAAGACUGGAGGAAUAGGGGAACAGAAGGAUAUCAGUAGGAAAGAAAAAACUUUGCCUGACAUACUAAAUUCUAGGUUAUCAAUUAGGUACCCAAGUGGGUAUGUCCUAGAGCAAACAAUAUAUACAGGGCUUAGAUUAUAGCUGUGGGAACCAUCAGUUCAACAAAGUAUAACUGAAUCAUUCAUUCAAUAAACAUUUAUUACACACCUACUGUGUGGAAGGUAUCUGUUUCCUUAACUCUGAAUUGGAAGGCAGUUUUAUAGACAAGAUGUAUAAUUUGGAAAAAAAAUGCCUGGAAUAUAUGGGUUUUUUUUAAGUUUAUUUAUUUAUUUUGAGAUUUUGAGAAGUCGGGGGAGGCAGAGAGAGAAUCCCAAGCAGGCUCUGCGCUGUCAGCAUGGAGUACAACUUGGGGCUCGAGCCCAUGAACUGUGAGAUCAAGAGUUGGAUGCUUAACCGACUGAGCCACCCAGGCACCCCUGGAACAUACGUUAUUAUAACUUUACUGGGAAGGCUGCGGUAAAGACAGAGAUAAAACCAGGAGCUUUUCCUCAAGGAGCUCUGGGUCUGAUGUGAGGGUGGGAGAAUGAGGAGAUGGACAAAAAUACAAAUGAAUAUAAUUCUGUGCAGUUUGUGGUAUGUGCCAUAAUCUCAGUAGAAAUCAAAUGUGGUAUGAGUGUGAGAGAGACAUAAAUUUUGAUUAGAGAUCUGCAUGCUGUAGUCUUAUUGGUCAUUAUUAAUUAUUAUGCUUUUUUUUGAGAGAGGGAGGGCACAAGUGAGUGAAGGGCAGAGAGAGUGGGAGAGAGAGAGAGAGAAACGGGGCUCAUCUAAAACGGGGCUUCAGCUCACCCGAUAUGGGACUCGAGCUCAUGAACUGUGAGAUCAUGACCUGAGCGGAAGUCAUAUGCUUAACCGACUGAGCCACCCAGGUGCCCCAAUUAUUCAUAAGUUCUAAGUUAAAUCAUGAGAGUGGAUGUUGAGAGAAAGAGGGAGAGAGGGAGAGAGAAAUGGUAGAGUGAGGAGAGAAAGAAGAGAAAGAGGGAGAGGAGAAGAGAGAAAAAGCUGUAGGAAGAGAGAAAAAGCUGUAGGGGAAGGGUCACAUAUGGAGGAAGGAGGAAAAAAAAGAGCCAGGGAAGAAGUCAGAAGGGACAUCCAGAGGACUUAGGAGAAUCAGAGUAAUGCAAAGUCACAGAAACAAAAGUGAGAGGGAGUGUCAGAAGACUGCAGGUGUAGCCUGCAGCAUUUCAUAAGGCACAAAUCAUUCCUUUUGGCCCAGGUGAUGUUGGGGGAGGUCUUUUCCUGAAGUAGCCACUGGGUGGCAGCUGUGUCUAGGGACUAGCAGAAACCUAGCUGAGCUAAACCAGCUUGAAGCAGGAAAAGCAGCAAGCUGGCUCAGGUUGGGGCUUCUCUAGUGUAGAGGACGCUGUAGUGACCCCCUGGUUGUAUGCCAAGCCUCAAAUCACACUUAUUCUCCUCUGAAGAGAUCAGCUUCAUUCCUAGGAGCAAAGUAAUAAUACAAAAUACUGUAUGAUGAGAAACAUUUCAUGCUUUAUGAAGUGUUUUCACACCUAUUAACCCAUUCGAUAUUCAGGAAACCGUAAUAAGUUGGUGGCAUUAUCCCCAUUUCACUGGUGAGAAAACUAAGUUACAAAGAGGUGUCCAGCAUCACACAACUACGUGGAGAAACAAGGAUUUGAAUUCAUGUCAGUCUGGCUCCAAACACCUGGGCCUUUUCCACAAUAUCACAGCAGUCAGCUGUCCAGGACUCAAGCUAUGACUGCUUGUUCCUCCAUGACUCCCUUUUAUCUACCCCCACCCUGCCACAGGGCAAAGAUCUCCAAGUUUCCCCUAUCCAGAUUUCUGGGCCUCCAGGAGAUCUAGAUCCUAGAUUCUAGAGCCUCCCUUGCAGGCCUGCCUCCUCCUCUCACUCCCAGAAUCCAUCUCGGCAACAUUCUCAGGACCUGAAGAUCAGGUUCAAAGUCCACAUUGCUUCCAGUUCCCUUCAGAGUGGAUUCUGCUCCAGACUGCACCCCCCUCCCCAAGAGCACUCACUACUCACCUCAUCUUCUGAGUCCACCAGCCCCGAAGCUUGCCCCUGUGCCUAAGAACCCCAUAAUCCUGGAACCUUAGUUAGCCCCAGGGGUCCCAGAUCCAGAGCUCCUGACAAGUUGGCAUUCUCAGGCACUUAACCUUCAGACAACUAGGCUUGGUUUCUAUACUUUCUCUGUUGUAUUCAGACCAGGGUCUCCUGGAGUGAUAGAGAUGAGAGGUGAUGUGUAGGAAGGGGUAGAGCCUGUGAGGGAGGCCUGUCGGCUAGCAUCCUUGGAGAGAAGUGAACUGCCUCCUCUCCACCUCCUCUUAUGUGUGCAAUAGGUGUCUUGAAAUUGACAGGCUGAAAAAUGAACCCCCAGUCUUUCCCCAAACCUGCUUCUCUCAUAGCUUUUCCCAUCUCUGUAUACAGUAACUCCAUUCCUCCAGUUGCUCAGGUCAGAAAUCUUGGAGUCAUUAUUGACUCCUCUCUUUCUCUCACACCCCACAUCAGUAAAUCUUGUCUCUACUUUCAAAAUCUAGUCAGAGGGUGCCUGAGUGGCUCAGUCGGUUCACCUGAUUUUGGCUCAAGUCAUGGUCUCACGGUUUGUGAGUUUGAGCCCCGCAUAGGGCUCUGUGCUUACAGAGGAGCCUGUUUGGGAUUCUUUCUCUCCUUCUCUCUCUGCCCCUCUCCUGCUUGCAUGUGCACACAUGCUCUCUGUCUCUCAAAAUAAAUAAAUAAACUUAAAAAAAUUCUAUAUAAAUCAGACCCCAACACUUAUCUCUUCUAAACCUUCAAAUGGCUUCCCAUUCACUGAAAGUAAAAGCCCAGUAGCCUUCACAAUGGUUUGCAAGAACCUUCAUGAUCUGGUCCCUGCCACACUCUCCGACCUCAUCCCUACAUGUCCCCUUCCUCACAACCACCUGGUCUUUAUCCAAAGUAGCCCUAAUAUUUAAAGCAGCAACCUUCUCUAUUCCCCAUGUCUUUCCUUCUCUAUUCCCCUUCCUGCCUUUAUUUUUCUCUAUAGCAAUGAUUACAAUCUAUAUAUUUUACUUGUUAAUUUUAUUUUCUUUUCCCUCCCACUAGUAUGGGAGUUCCAUUACAGUCAGAGUCUUUCUCUGUUUUAUUCACUACUAGUGAACUGCCAGUACCUAGAUCUGGACCAAGCACACAGUAGGGUCUCGGUAAACAUUUGUUUAUCGCUUUGCUGGAUUAUGGGCACUGGCUUUAGAGAGGCAACUAAGCAUAGCAAUUAAGUACCAGGAUGCUAGAGCCUGGUUCAAAUCAUGACUCUCCCCCUAAGUAGCAGAAUACAUUCUCCUUGCCUUAGUCUCCUCAUCAGCACAAUAAUAGUACCUCUUUUAUAGAGAACUUGUUGGGCCAUCAAUAAGUGUAAAGCACUUAGAAUAGUGUCUUGCACAUGGUAAGUGCUAUAGAAGCAGUGUUUAUAAUUGUAUGCACCUGGAGUUAAGAUUUAUAUCAGUAGUAUAGAUUUUCCCAAAUCUUUUCGUGUGUUAUCUUGCAUUUGCCCACGUUAACAUUCAUUCAUUUCCCAUGUUUCUCCUCACUUACACUGAUUGAUAUGAUUUCCCUGUAGUUGUAGUCAUCUCCUGUGGCCUGGCUCUUCAUCUAUAAACUUGGAUGUUUCCUUGUGUACUCCCUCUUAUAGUCAUUUAGAAACUGUUAAAUAGUAAUCUUGCUGGGCCCCAGUUUCCCAAUCUGUACAGUGAGUGGGUUGGACUAGAUAAUCUCAAUGGGCCUUUCUAGCUCUGACAAUCUCCCGGGACAGGACGAAGGACAGGCUCCACCCCCAAACCCGCCCUCUUGGAUAUGCCCUCUGGCUGCCAAGGGGAAAGGUGACAGAAUCAACUGGGCUCAGCUUCAAGGGGACCAGGUAGGAGACAUGCCAAGUUUCUUGGGUGAGGGUGGCGAUGGGGUACCUGGGCUGGACCAGGCUGGGGGAAGGUGUCAGAAGUAACUGUUGUGUGGAGACACUGGGAGCAGGGUGAGGGGAAAGGUCAUGGCACCAUGGGGAGAAAUGUUGUAAUGGGCUAGGACACAACUUGGGUCUGGGCAUCUUCCCACAUUGGACAGUCCUGCUAGCCCUCCACCCCUUCAGCUAGCCAAGAUCUGGAGGACAGAGUCAGCUGCAGAAUGAGAACAACCCAAGCUCACUGCCUGCUCUACGAGGCCCAGCACUGCCUGCUGCCCACCACUCCAGGCUGGACCAAGGGGGCUUGGGCAGAGGCCAGGCUAGCCUGGGUGCACCCAGAUGUACUCCUCUUGCUACCCCUAAUGCUUCAAUCAUGGCCCUUCUCGUUCUCUGCUUUCCGGCCUCAGGACAGAGCUGGGAGGCCAGGAAAUCCAGCCACCCUCACUUCUUCCCUUUCUACCUCUAGGGGGACCAUGGCCAGUGCAGAGUCCCCUCUGCUCACAGCCCUAGUCCCCAGCCCGGAUCCUGGUGACAGUGAGGUAGAGCUGAACUGCUGGUUUGAUGAGGAGUUCAAGUUCGUCCUGCUGCCUGUGAGCUACACAGUUGUCUUUGUGUUGGGCCUAGGUCUCAAUGCCCCGGCCCUCUGGCUCUUCCUCUUUCACCUUCGACCAUGGGAUGCAACGGUCACCUACAUAUUCCACUUGGCCUUAUCAGACACUUUGUAUGUGCUGUCACUACCCACCCUCGUCUACUAUUAUGCAGCCCACAACCACUGGCCCUUUGGUACUGGGCUCUGCAAGUUCAUCAGCUUUCUCUUCUAUUGGAAUCUCUACUGCAGUGUCCUUUUCCUCACCUGCAUCAGUGUGCACCGCUACCUGGGCAUCUGCCACCCACUGCGGGCACUCUGCUGGGGCCAGCCUCGCUUCGCAGGCCUUCUCUGCCUGGCAGUUUGGUUGGUUGUAGCCGGCUGCCUUGUGCCCAACCUGUUGUUUGUCACAACCAGCCCCAAGGGGGACACCAUCCUGUGUCAUGACACCACUUGGCCUGAGGAGUUUGACCACUAUGUGCACUUCAGUUCAGCAAUCAUGGGGCUUCUCUUUGGUGUGCCCUGCCUGGUCACUCUUGUCUGCUAUGGGCUCAUGGCCAGGCGCCUGUAUCGGCCCUUGCCAGGGACUGCCCAGUCAUCUUCUCAUCUGUGCUCUCUCCGCACCAUCACUGUGGUGCUGACCAUCUUUGCUGUCUGCUUUGUACCUUUCCACAUCACCCGCACUAUUUAUUACAUGUCAAGGCUGCUGGAAGCUGACUGCCGCGUGCUGAACAUUGUCAAUGUGGUCUACAAAGUGACUCGGCCUCUGGCCAGUGCCAACAGCUGCCUGGAUCCUGUGCUCUACCUGCUCACUGGGGACAAGUAUCGCCGUCAACUCCAGCACCUCUGCAGUAGUGGUGGGCCCCAGCCCCGCAUGCCUGCCUCCUCCCUGGCGCUGGUGUCCCUGCCUGAGGAUAACAGCUGCAGGUGGACAUCCACCCACUGGGACAGUGGCUUCCCUACCUCUGGGGCAAAUAGACUGUAACACUGGGAGCCAGAAAGUAAGAGGAAAAAGGAUGAGUGCAGGGCAGAGGUGAGGGAACUCAAUAGUUACACCCAAUAUGGCUGCUUCUUCCUCUUUUCCAGGUUCUGGAGAGGCCAACACCCUGAGGAUUGAGAGGAACCAGGGAAAUCAUGUGUGACUCCAUCUCUCAUAAACCCUUUAGCCGCCCUCUCCUUUUUAGCCAAAGACAAUAACAGCCACUCUUCUUUCUCUCUGUUUCUGUCUCCUUCCUGUGUCCAUUGGUCCCAUCUGUUGAUCAUACAAGGCUUCCUAAAAAUCUCACCCAGUCCUCUUGCCUCCUCCCUUUUCCCACAUAUAUUUGUAUAGCAUGUGUUCCUUCAAUCAGACCAGAGCAUUAGACUGAAGAGGUGGAGAAGUGGGAUAACCUCAGGAUUGGUCUGAUUUAUCUGAUGGUGAUAGCCAGAAUCAGGAGGUGGGGGCGCUAGCAUAUCACAGAUGCCAAGGAUGUGACAUAUGUAGUGCCCACACCCACUUCCUGGUUUCCUCUGAAAGACAGCAUAGUCUUGCCUACUGAAGUGCUGAGAUAGGGCUCAAUCUCAGGCAACCUGCAUGUCGGGGUCCCCACAUGUAGCUGGAGGCAUGGCACUGUUGAACUGGUAUAUAGCCACAAGGCAGAGAGGGAGCCCUGAGUUUUACCAUGGGGUGGGUAUCUUGCCUCAAGGGGCAGGGCCCAAGUCGAUGACAGCCUUUGGAACAGGACCUCCUUUAUGAUGUUUGCUGAGAGCAUAUUUGACUGUUAUCCUGUACUUAAUGAAAAGUACAGAGGAUGGCUUAGAAAGAGAUGGGGAAGCUCUCAUAUUUGUGACUGUAACUUCCAGCAUGAAGAGGUAGAGCAGGUUUGUGCAGAGUUUGGGGUGGUGGCAGGAUUGACGCCCAGAGCUGGCUCUUCACUGGUUUCUCCCCUUUCUCUAGCUCCUGCCCUAGGUGAAUAAUAAAUCUGUCACCAACUCUUUCAUAUCAGGCUUUAAGGCUUCACUGCCAGGGCAGAGCAUGGGGACUAGGACAGCUCCCUUCAGAGUCUCCCAUCCAGUUAUUCCCCCCUAGCACCAUCUUGGUGCUUAUGGGCUUACAGGAGUCGGGGGGUGGGUACAGAACUUGGGCAGCUAACCCCCAAACCUCAGGAAGUAAGAGUGUCUAGGCAGCCAUUCAUAAGAAAGGAGGGCUCACACUUCUAGGCACCCCCACUCUGAAAUUGCAUUCUAGCCCACUGGUCCUCUGAGUCUCCAGCCUGACUUUUCUUUUGCCCCACUAUUGCUGACCUGUAUCGGAUCUCUUACUUGUCUAAGGGGUCUCUAUGGAGAGUAAGGCUGAGGCUAGUCUUCAGAAAAAAAUGACUUCAAUGCACCUGAGUCUCCCUUUGCAUCCUUCCACGUGCUCCCUCUUUCUGCCUGCUACCCAUGACUCUUUCCAUUAGGAGUAAAUGGACUGGCCUUUUCUUUACUAGUUUUGCUGUCUCAUGGCCGCUGCCUAGACUGUUACAUAUCUCGUUUUUCAUCUGUACUCUUUCUUUUAUUCCUAUGACCAUACCCUCCUUGCCCAUCACCUCUCCUAUCCACUGACUCCACCAAGUAAAGCUGCUUUCUCUAUCACAACUACCCAGUCUCCUCCAUUUCUCCAGUCCAUUUAAUUCCCAUAUGUUUUAUCAAGACUAACUGCCCAGACUUUGUGGUCUGCUACUUUCAGGCUGUCUUCCCUUAUACUCUAGUUAAACACAUUUUCACCUUGGUUCACUUUUCUCCUCUCUCCUAUACUGGAGGAGAUUGCAGAUGAAGCCAGUGGCUGUUUUGACCCACUGAAACUUUAUGUCUUAGAACUUCAUCUAAACCCCCAUUUUUGUUAGCCUGCUGAAUUCCUAGUGAAAAUCCCAGAGCAAGUGUUUCUUGUAUUUUCCACCUUCUCAAGGCUCCAAUUUCGUCCUACCCUAUGACCGUCUAAGAGUUACCUUGCUUCUAAUGAAACUGAGAAGAUCUAAUACCUUAACUUCUUUCUGCUUCAUUCAUGAUAACUCUACUUUUAUAUCCAUCUUGCCUUUCUUCCUUUCUUCCCUGUAGACCCCACAUAAGAGGUUGGCUCUCUUACUUUUUCUUUUGUUUAUCUCUUUUCAUCACUUUUAGUCUUUCCAUAACUGAUUUCAUCCCAUCUUU